CUAUCUUCGCCCAACAAGUCUACAAACCAAACUCUUGCCAUCUCUACAAUUCUCAGGCUUUCUUUCUCAUCUGAAGCGAUCUCCAUCACUUGCACUUUCCUUUAUUUAUUUACAAUUAUUAUUAUUAUUAUUAAUUUUUUUGUUUAAGAUCCAUUUUGGUGAAUUCCAAAAUUGCAUACGACACUGGUUCACUCAUUCUCACUCAUCACUACUAAGCAAUAUAUCUUGUCUCAUUUUUUAUCUUGUUUACAUUUUGAAGUCGUAAAUUUUUAGUUGGUCGUUGAGAUUAAUGGCAGAAUCUAAAGAAGCCCACGUGGUGGAAAUCCCCGUCGACGAAGAGCAUCAACAGAAGCUCCUGUCUGCUAUGGCCACCGUUUCUGCAAUCCAGCAGCACCCCUUAAUGGAAAUCUCCGAGAGCCCUGGUCAUCUCUUGCUACUAAAGCUCUGGCAGAGAGAAGAAGACCUCUUUGGGGGCCGAAUCGCCAUGAAGGAAACCCGAAUGGACAGCAUCAGACGGGAAUUAUUUCAGUUGUGCUGUUUCUUCUUAGCCUUCCAUGGAUUUUUCCUGACCAUUCUCUUCACCUCUUCCAUUCAUUCUCAAGAAUAUACAUGCAGGAGAUGGUGGCUUCCAUCUUUGCUAUCCGUCUCUUCUUCACUUGCCAUGAUCGUUUUGGUCCAAAUGAAACUUUGCAAGUACUGGAAAGUUUCAAGACAGUUGCAGAGAGAGAAGAGCGAUAGCAGAGCAGUUACAAGGUGCAUCCAAGAAUUAAGGAUGAAAGGGAGGAGCUUUGAUCUGUCCAAAGAACCCCAGACUGCAAGAAGGAUGAAAAGCUCAAGCGUCAAAAUCAAAUGGAAACCUCUUACUUGGUUUUCCCAGAAUCUCAUAAUCAUCUGUUUUAUUUGUUUCACAGGUAUGGUCUUCCUGGCUUGCAAGUAUAUCCUUUGCGGUUGAAAAUGACCUUUGCACGCGGUUGGACAUAUGGACGACAAGGUUGAACCUUGAGCUCACGGCGGACAGCAAGAACCCUAGUCUACAUCCGCUGAUUGAUGAGAGGAAAGUUGCCGAGCUUAUGCGUUCUGAUCUUGAAGAUUGGUACUCUUCCUGUUGCCGAAUAGCACCGGGCAAUGACAACAAAGCCAGGCAGAGUCCAGAGUCGAGGCUCCAGACUGACUUACCACUCGCAAAGUCGUCUAAAGGUGGUGGCUUUAUGUGAUUUCGAAGUGCAGAUUGGUAGGGGAGGAAGGAAUAAAAUCUGCCCGGAUUUGUCGCCAAGAUUCGUGAUGCCUCUGGGUCUUGAAUUUUUUUAUCUCAACUCAGAAAGUUUGGCGGAGAAUAUUGAGAAUGUAGCUUUCCAGCCGGGUCAUAGUUAUGCUUCCUCUACCUUCAGGAAAGAGGAAGAUGCAAACAUUGCAAAUGAGAGAAGACUUUCUGAAGGUCAUUGAAAGGUUAAAGAAGAAGAUGGGCCCGCCUGAAGGCAGGAAAUGAAAUCCAGUUUGCAGUUGCACUUGCAAUAAAAAAAAAAAAGAAUUCUUGUAAUAAUUCUUCACUACUUCAACCCAAUUCAUUUUUGGUCUUCACUCACAAUUUUUCAUACUAAAAUUGUUAUCCUAUGUAACUUACAACUAGGCCAUCAUAUAAGGGUGUUGGCAGGCUUUCUGGACAUUCCAAUUUGUUGUUUACUUUCAGUGUAAACACGAUUGGUGGUUUUUUGCUUCAUGUUGACUCUGCUUGUCAUUUUUUACUUAUUACCCAGAGGUCGAAUAAUGAAGUUAAAAGAAGAACUCUUGUAAUUCUUUACUUUUAUUACCCAUUAUUGUUUUGAAAGAAAAGAAAAUUUAUUGUAAUAAUGGGCUGUAUUUUGGAAGCUGUGUCACUUAUUCUUUUAUUAAUAUUAUGAUGUGCGAUUUGUGGA